GCGCCUGCACCCCCGGCCUCCUCUACGAAAGCGGGCUUCAUAGAUACUGGCUCAGUCAAGGACGGACUAGGCGAGAAAGAGAAGAAGCCUAUCAUUCUGAAGAUCAAGAAGCCGACUCCAAAGCCCUCGUUACCGGGCAACUGGAAGGAGAGCGACGGUAUCAAUACCGAGAACAAGACAUCCACCCCCGCCAGCACCUCACCGAUCGUCAACCCCCUAGAAGAGAAGACCCUCGCUGGAUUCCAGACCGGCCGGCCUCUCGACGACAAAGUAGACGUUGUGCAAUGCAAGCACUGCCGCCGACCUGUCCUCCGCGUCUCCUCCGCAACCCACAUCCGCGAAUGCCUGAAUAAGAAGCAAGAGAAGCUAAAGAAGAAGAAGGAGGCCAAGGAAGCGAAGGAUGCUGCGCUCCGAAAAGAGAAGGGUGAAGAUGACGAGGGUGGUAAGAAUGCCCGGAAAUCUGCGGUUAAGGGUGCGGUUGUUGACGGCGAGGGAGCAAAGAAGGGAAAGAAGAGGAAGCUUGAAGGCGAUACGGACAAACCCGGUGCGAAGAAAAAGAAGAAGGAUGAACCGAAGCAGAAAGCCGCGAAACCUAAAGGACCUGUCGAUGUAGAGAAGCAGUGCGGUGUUGCGCUACCAAAUGGCGGCUUCUGUGCAAGGAGCUUGACCUGCAAGAGUCAUUCUAUGGGCCUGAAGAGGGCGGUGCCAGGACGCAGUUUGCCUUACGACAUGCUACUAGCGCAGUAUCAGAAGAAGAACCAGGCGAAGCAACAACGUGCCGCAAUCGAUGCAAACGCUCCUCUUCCGGAGGACCUCGAACCAUCUGGGGCAGUUGAUUCGGACGAAGAGAAAGAAGCGAUCAUGGCUGCCCUUGCACGCCAUCGUCCGCGACCGCUGGCAACCUUUACCCCCGUAUCCCAGAAAUCGAAGUACCAGUACAUCCGCAUGAAAGACAUGCUCCGAUCAGCCCUUGGUGCACCACCCGGCGGCUCCAUCUACUCGGCCAUGGCCCCUGGGUCAGAAAACCUCGGUACGGGGCGAAGCCUAGCGCUCGGCAUGAUGGGCGCGCCUGGUAACGCUACCGCGGAGAACUUCCCUGGAAGUGCCGGUGGUAUGGGUGGUUUUGCAACACCGCUGAGCGCCGGGUUGGAUGGCUCAGUCAAUCCGGGUAGUAGAAGGCAGAGCUCGAUCAGCAUGGCCGCGCCUAGCAGUGCGGGACCGAGACAGAUUCUUCCGGGACAGCUACCUGGUCCGGGUCCACAGCAGCGCAAGGGGAGUAUGGCCAGCGUUGCAAGUGUUGGGCCCUCUUAA